AUACUGAUACGCAGCAGCGACCGUUGGAGGAGAGGGGGAAAAAAAUAAAAAAUAAAAUACAGAGCACGACUUUCUGAAAGUACGGUUCUGUCGAAUGAAUACGUUUACAGUGUUUGGAGAGACCAAUGCAUACGAUAUAUUGGCUGUAGACACACCGUGCAGACAACCAGUCUGGUAACGUUAGCUUUAAACAGCGAAGUGGUGCAAAGGGAGGAGGACAGAAAAUAAAGGAGUUACCUGGAGGGUCUCCGUCAAUCCACAUUUCAGUUGGAGUGAGAGAAAGGCCACGGAGGGAGAGAGGGAGAGAAGAGAGGAGGAGUGCGAGUCACGUCUGCUCUUGGCAGCUGUUCCAGCAGCCCGAUUCAGUGUUUUGGCUGUUAUUUUGUUCUGGCGUUACUUUUUUUGAUGAAUCUAUUGAUAUUUUUAACUUUAACGUGAGAUAUAACUGCUGUAAAAAAAAAAAAAAAAAAAAAACUAAAAAAAGGAAGAAAAAAAAAAUAACGAGAAGAAAAUAUUACUAGCAAGAGUGUUUUAUUUUGUUCCACUGUUAGUUUCCAAGGUUCAUUUUUGUUUCGUUUUUUUUUUAUGUUCAUCAACCCUUUUCGGCUGUGAGUAGCAGGAGCUUCCAUUCUCCAAACUAUAGCCGAACCCCCUUCCUUAUCUCGCCUGAUAACCUGGUAUUCCUCAAGCACCUGAAACUGGCAGCUAUUCUCUUUGUGUCUGUGUGUUUGGGGAGCUCUGUGACCACAGCUUAAGCACCACUUAGCCUUCUAGUCACCUAAGCCUAACUAAAGCCAGCCAGCCAGCCAGCCCUAGCCUGGUCCAGCCCAGUCCAGCCUGCUCCGAUCAUCUGGACAGGAUACUCAGUUCUGUGCAGACGGGAGGAAUAUGACUGCUGAGACUCUUAACUUCGGCCCAGAAUGGCUCCGUGCACUGUCCAGUGGGGGGAGUGUGACUUCCCCUCCUCCUUCCCCCGCCAUGCCAAAGUACAAGCUGGCCGAGUACCGCUACGGCCGAGAGGAGAUGUUAGCACUUUAUAUCAAAGACAACAAGGUCCCAGAGGACAUGCAGGAUAAGGAGUUUGCUGCUAUUCUGCAAGAUGAGCCCAUGCAGCCACUGGCACUGGUGGCACUCACUGAGGAGGAGCAGAGGAACUUCUCCAUGUCUGUGAACAGCGUGGCUGUGCUGAGGCUCAUGGGAAAAGGGGUCGGCGCGCCCGCCCCAGCUGGAGUGGCGCGAGGACGAGGUGCCCCGAGAGGCGGUCGAGGACGAGGCCGUGGAGAAAGUGGAUUCUACCAAAGAAGUAUUGAAGAACCCGAGGUGGGUUUCGGACGCAGCGUCCGAGAGAUCCACCGUAGCCAGAGCUGGGAUGACCGGGGCGAACGGCGGUUCGAGAAGCCGCUGCGGCGGGAGGUGGGGCGUCCUGGCUUCGAAGAGCCCGUCGCUCCCGUGGUUCCGGGGAGGAAGGAGUACACGCGGGCGGACAGCGACAACUGGCGCAUCCUCCGGGAGGAGCAGGAGGAGGAGGAAGGCGGGGGUGGCAGCGGGGGGGUCGCUGGGGGUGUGGUCAGCAGCGGAGAGCCGGGCACAAACUGGAGACUUACUGGAAUCCGCAGGGAUGUCCAGUUUGACACUGAUGGCGGCGCAUGUCUUUUGUCAGAUGGCGGUCCUCGCUCAGCAGGCUGGCGGGACCACACCGGUCCGGGGGAGAGUCGUCGUCGGAAGUUUGAUUUUGAUUUCCGGGACUCCGAUGGCCACGGCGGCAGCGGCGGCCGGCGGCGCGCGGGCAGCGAGGGACUAGAGGACGACAGGGACGGCCUGCCCGAGUGGUGCACAGACGAGGAGGAUGGAGAGAUGGGCACGUUUGACUCCUCUGGAGCGUUCAUGACUAUGAAGAAGGGUGGGAAGGAUUCAAUCCUGGAGGAGGAGUUUGAGUUCAAGGGCAUCGAGGAGGACGAAGAGGAGGAGUGCUAUGCUGACAUGGACAUGAAGAGUGCUGAAGGAGACAAAGACAAGGAGAGUAAAGAAGCUGGCUCUGCUGGUGGGGAAGGGGAGACACAGCAGACGUCUCCCUCGUCGUCUCCCCCCGCUCUCAUACACUGUUCCCCUCCCGCCCUGGAGCCUCGGCCCAGCAACGCCGGCCCUGUGGUGGAAAACCCUCCGCUGAACAACAGCCACCCCGUCAAGGCCAGCAGCACGUCCAAUGAAGACAUGGCUACUUUCGGCUUCUCCAAGGUCCACAUGAACCUCGACGCCCCCGCCUCCUCCAGCCUUCCUCCCCCACCCCCUUCCUCUGCUGCUCCUCUCCACCCUCCACCCGGAGGAGACACGGAGGACGAUGAGGGCAUGAAGCACCUGCAGCAGGAGGCGGAAAAGAUGGUGGCGUCGCUGCAGGACACUUCUCUGGAGGAAGAGUGUUUCACCCAGACUCUGCAGCAGCAGGAGAGCAGGAACACCGCAGCCGCUCUGCCGCUGUCGCACGAGGCCGCCAUGAAGUGGUUCUACAAGGACCCGCAGGGAGAGAUCCAGGGUCCGUUCACCACCGUGGAGAUGUGCGAGUGGUUCCAGGCCGGCUACUUCACCAUGACCCUGCUGGUGAAGCGGGGCUGCGACGAGGGCUUCCAGCCCCUGGGCGACGUCAUCAAGAUGUGGGGCCGCGUGCCCUUCGCCCCGGGACCCUCCCCGCCGCCCCUGCUAGUGAGACAGCCCCCACCGACGCAGCGCCCGCAGUCCAGCCGGGGGUCCGCCGGGACUGUGAGUCAGAGCUCAGCCAACGCUGAGGAUGGGGAGGGGAGGAUGCAGAGGAGAGGGAAGCUUGAUAGACAGGUUACGGGAAACCUGGACCAGGACCGCCUGAAGAAGGAGCUGGCAGCAGCAGCUCUUUAUCAGCAGCUCCAGCAGCAGCAGAUAUUCCAGCUCAUUAACAGGUGCAGUGAGCAGGGUAUGAUGCCUUCGAUGAACAGGUCGAUGUCAGUGCCAGAUACAGGGUCCAUGUGGGACAUGCAUACCUCAGCUUCUCAGCCGUCAGGCGGUGAAGCCAGUCUUUGGGACAUAACAAUGAAUCCUUCUACUCAGGGUCCAACUCUGGAACAGCUUCAAAAGCUCCAGCAGGAGAGGCGAGAGGCUGAACUCAGGGCAAAGCGUGAAGAGGAGGAGCAGCGCAAGAGGAGGGAGGAGAAGAGGAGGCAGCAGGAGGACCAGAAAAGGAGGGAGGAGGAGGAUCUCUUCCGACGCAAGCAGUGUCGUCAGCAGCAGGAACUGAUCAUGAAGCUGCUCCAGCAGACCCCCCAGCAGCAAGGUCCUGGGGCAAGUGGAUCAGGCUGGAGCGGGUCUCCCUCCUCUGGGCUAUCCAAGUCCGGGAAGCCCCCGGCUCUGGCUCUGCUGGAGAUGCAGCAGGAGGCCGAGAGGCUUCUGAAGCAGCAGCAGCAACAGAGAGCGCAGCAGAGAGAGCGCCACUCUGGCCUGUCCAUGGGGAGCUCCUCCAUCGGAGGGCAGUGGGCGGACGGAGUCGGCAUGUGGGGCGGAGGCAUGGAGGGUAAGAGCAGCAGCGGGAGCUCUUCGGGCAGCAUGGGCAUGUGGGACGAGGCUGUGAAGAACCAGUCCGGCCUCCGUGGCAACAGCAACAACAACAUGGGCCUGAAGAACAGCCGCAGUAGCCCGUCACUCAGUGAGCAGUACAUGAUGCGCCGUAAGCGGACGGAGGAGGAGGAGAAGCUGCUGAAGCUGCUGCAGGGCAUGAAGCCUCAGGACGGCUUCACGACCUGGUGUGAACAGAUGCUGCACGCUCUCAACACCUCUGCCAACAACUCGUCCUCCUCUCUGGAUGUUGCCACUAUCGUGGCCUACCUGAAGGAGGUGGAGUCUCCCUAUGCAGUACUGGACUUCAUCCGGUCCUACCUAGGGGACACAGUGGAAGCCAAAGAGUUCGCCAAACAGUUUCUGGAGCGACGUGCCAAACAGAAAGCCAACCAACAGAGACAGCAACAGCAGUUAUCAAAGGAAGUGGCUGGAUUGAACAUGAACUUCCCUCUGCAGGACUCAAUGCGAGGUAUGAAUCCAAGCACCCUGCAGUCCAUGUUUCAAGCCAACCACAUGGGCAAAUCUGGUCUCUAUGACAUCCAAGGGGGAAAGAUGAAGAAGAAACAGCCCAUGAUGCUGCACUCUGACCCCAGCAUCUUAGGCUACUCAUUCCACAACACGGGCGAGUGUCUGAGCCUGAAUGAGAUGGAGAUGGUGGAGGAUUACUGAUGUGACGCAGCGCAGCAGCAAUAGCUACCUGAGGCCUUCUGUCUUUUAAUCAGACAAACCUGAUGACGAAUGUGCACUGCUGGGGGAACCGGGGGGAGGGGGGGUGGGGU